GCAGCUCGGGCAUCAGAAAUCUAGGGGCCGGUGAAGUUGAAGUAUACGCUUCCGGACCCGAAAAUUCAGGCUCUCUAUCCAUAAGCUUUCGACACUCCUUUAGCUGGCACUGGGUUUCGACUUUCGACUAUAAAUUCAAUCUGAAACUCGAAUUAUUAUUCAUCAUCUUCCCCUCUCCCAAUCCAUCCAUUUAAUCCAAAUUCUUCUGAUUCUUAACUGAAGAUGGCCACUGGCAUCUUCACAGGUCUGUUUUACUAUCUGUUUUUUGUGUAUUUGGCAUCUCCUUUUGUUGGGUUGCACAAUUUCGUACAGGGUCGGUCGCUACCAAGUUCAAAACCCGACCCGGAUAAUGCCGCGGCCACUGCUCGCUGGUUGGUAUCUCAGAAUUCAUGGGGAAUCUUGAGUACCAUCUCAAGCGAAUUUGGGGGAGCGCCAUUUGGGAAUGUGGUUUCGUUUAGUGACGGGCCACCCAGCAAAGGUCAAGGCACGCCGUAUUUUUACUUGACUACUCUUGACCCAACUGCAAGAUACGCAAUCUCAGAUGAGAGGGCUUCAUUUACACUCAGCGAGUACCCUAUUGGAACUUGUGGCAAGGUAGACCCAGAAAACCCAACUUGUGCGAAAAUUACGUUGAUUGGAAAGCUGAAGCAGCUAGAGUCUAAUACGAAGGAAGCAGAGUUUGCUAGAACUUCCUUGUUCUCAAAGCAUGCAGAGAUGAAGGGUUGGCCUACAGGUCAUGACUUUCGGUUCUUCAAAUUAGUAAUAGAGAACAUAUUCUUGAUCGAUUGGUUCGGUGGACCGAAGCCUCUCACCGUCGAUCAAUAUCUCCAUUCAAAACUCUUCAGGAAUGAGCUCACAUCCAUUAUAUGAAUUUGUACAAUCUGAACUGCCCUGUUCAUGUCAGCUUCCUGGGUUUGAAGUUUGAACUGUAAAAUGUUUGUGCAUAAUCAUUGUUGGUGGGAUUGGGGACUAUGGGAAGAAUAAAUUAAGAUGGAUUCCAGAAUUGGUGAUGGGAUCUCCAAUCCUGUAAAAUCUAUACAUAAAUUGUUUUGUACGAAGCAGUUUGAUAACUAUUCUGUUUCAAACUUCUAAUGUACAAUAAAUAACAAUGUUCACCAAUAAUUUUCUUCA